GGGCUCCAGCAGCAGGAAGGGGCCGUCUGCCCGGGAGCGCCGUCUCGCAGCGCUACAGGCGCAUCCGCCCAGCUCGUCUCUUGCUUCUCGCGCUGCUGAGAGCCGAGCCGAGCCGGGCUGAACGGACCUGCCCCGACGCACGGCCUCUCCCCGGCCGCGCGGCUCCCGCAGCCCUUUGACCGCUCCGGCUGGCCCUGGGGCUAAGCAGGACGGGCGGCGAGGCAGGUCCUCCUGCCGCCGGGGGCGCAGUGGAUGCGGGAGCGGGAGCAGCUGCACCGCGCCGCGGAGGAGGGCAGCGCCGGACCCGCGAGGAGCAGCCGGGGCGGCGGCUGCUCGGCGGCCAUGGCUGUAAAAGAUCCCACAGCUGUAGAAAGAGCAAAUUUGCUGAACAUGGCUAAAUUGAGUAUCAAAGGACUGAUUGAAUCAGCUUUGAGCUUUGGUCGGACUCUGGAUUCUGACUAUCCGCCUUUGCAACAAUUCUUUGUUGUCAUGGAGCAUUGCCUAAAACAUGGUCUUAAAGUAAGAAAAUCCUUUCUAAGUUAUAAUAAAACUAUUUGGGGCCCUCUGGAACUUGUGGAGAAGUUGUACCCAGAAGCUGAGGAAAUAGCAGCUAGCGUCAGAGAUUUACCUGGCCUCAAAACACCAUUGGGCCGUGCCAGGGCAUGGUUACGAUUGGCUCUAAUGCAAAAAAAAAUGGCUGAUUAUCUACGUUGUCUGAUCAUUCAAAGAGAUCUCCUCAGUGAAUUUUAUGAGUACCAUGCACUAAUGAUGGAGGAAGAAGGAGCUGUUAUUGUUGGACUCUUGGUUGGGUUAAAUGUGAUAGAUGCUAAUCUGUGUGUAAAAGGAGAAGACUUGGAUUCACAAGUUGGUGUGAUUGAUUUCUCUAUGUAUUUAAAGAAUGAUGAUGAUAUUGGCAGUAAAGAAAGAAAUGUACAGAUUUCUGCAAUUUUGGACCAAAAGAAUUAUGUUGAGGAACUAAAUCGACAACUAAAUAGCACGGUCAGCAGUCUUCAUGCAAGAGUGGAUUCAUUAGAGAAGUCGAACACUAAACUUAUUGAAGAGUUAGCAAUAGCCAAAAACAAUAUUAUUAAACUUCAGGAAGAAAAUCAUCAGCUAAGAAGUGAAAAUGCACUUAUUUUAAUGAAAACACAGCAUCAUCUAGAGGCAACUAAAGUGGAUGUGGAGGCAGAGCUUCAAACGUACAAACAUUCCAGGCAAGGGCUGGAUGAAAUGUACAAUGAAGCACGCAGACAACUUCGAGAAGAAUCUCAACUACGACAAGAUAUAGAGAAUGAGCUAAUGGUUCAAGUUAGUAUGAAGCAUGAGAUAGAACUUGCAAUGAAGUUGCUGGAGAAAGACAUUCAUGAGAAACAAGAUACCCUGAUAGGCCUCCGACAACAGCUAGAUGAAGUUAAAGCAAUUAACAUGGAAAUGUACCAAAAAUUGCAGGUUUCUGAAGAUGCCAUGAAAGAAAAGAAUGAAAUAAUUGGUCGAUUAGAGGAUAAGACCAAUCAAAUUACUGCAACUAUGAAACAGCUUGAACAAAGAUUGCAGCAAGCAGAGAAGGCUCAAAUGGAAGCUGAGAAUGAGGAUGAGAAAUUUAAACAAGAAUGUAAGAAUAAAUCUGAAAGCCUUCAGAAAGAAAUCUCUCAAAAGGAAAAGCAACUGAUUCAACUGGAAACAGAUUUGAAGAUAGAAAAGGAAUGGAGACAAGCAUUGGAAGAUGAUUUUGAAAAGGAAAAAAAAAGAGUCUCUCAUCUUAGAAUAGAGACACAGCAAAUAACUAGCCUUAAAAAAGAAUUCCUUGAACUACAGGACAAAAACCGACAGUUGAAAAAGUUAUGUCAGGAUCAAGAAGCAGCCCUCCAAGAACUUGCCUACAAGCUUAGCGAAGCCAAGCUUAAAAUAGAAGAUAUAAAAGAAGCCAACAAAGCAUUGCAGGGGCAAGUUUGGCUGAAAGAUAAAGAAGCAACACAUUGCAAAUUAUGUGAAACAGAAUUUUCUCUUUCCAAAAGGAAGCAUCACUGUAGAAACUGUGGUGAAAUUUUCUGUAACGCCUGCUCUGACAAUGAGCUGCCUUUGCCGUCCUCGCCAAAGCCUGUCCGAGUCUGUGAUUCCUGUCAUGCAUUACUUAUACAGAGUUUUUGAUGUGCCAAAGAAUUCUGCAUUGACAGUGUAACUGUACUGUAGGAGUUGUUGAAGCAAAGCUGGAGAUUUUGCCAGCUAGGUAAGAAACAAUUGGGCCUUUUGCACCUGGGCAGAUAUGGGAGGCAGCCUGAGAUAGAUAAGCAUGUGAGCUAACUUUUCUUUAAAAAUGAUCAUCAGUUAAGUAGCUCAUUUUGUAAUAUGUCAUCUUCCAUUUUCAUACUUAAAAGCCUACUGCAUAACUUCAGCUCUUCUCCUAAAAGGCAGGCUGUCUGCAUCAGUUAUGCUAGAGUUAUGGUUUCCAAGCUGUUGGUUGCAACCAUAAGUGCUACAAGCAGAAUUCUUCCAUACGUUGUAGUGUGAUAUAUUAGGGGUCGCAACUUCUUACUGUUACCUAUGUGACAAGAAGAUUCUCUUUCCCCCUUAUAUCAAACUUGCAGAACUUGGACAUUACGAUUUAGAUAGGGUUUUAGUCAGCAUGAGUAGACAAUGGGUACUGCUUGUUCUUUAAAAAAUACGUUCUAUAACAACUAGUGCUGAAACAGACCCAUGUAGCUGUUGUUGACACACAAAAUACUACAUGUAACAAUAUCUCUGUGAUAAGACAGAUUACAGCAGGGGCAGGCAACGUUUUUUGGCCGGAGUGCUGAAAAACACCACAAUGCCUACCUUGGAAGGUGCCAGAGUGCCGGCAUGCCAGAAAAACAAAAUGAAGGAAGGGGGUACAUGGCAGGAUGCCCUGCUUGUGGCCCUUGCCCCCCAGCCCUGCUGCCCCUUGCCUCCCACCCAAAGCCCCUGCCCCCCAUCCCGGGCUCUGUGGCUGUCAGCAGCUACCCCAGCUCUGGGUAGCUGCUGGAGUCCGGGCUGCUCUCAGCAGGGCUCGCAGCAUCUCAGCUACCUGCUGGGAGCAGCCCAGGCUCCCGGCUGGCAGCAGCUACCCAGAGCCGGGGCUGGCUGCAGCUGGGAGGCGGCAAACAGCUGUGCUGGGCUCUGGAGCCCUGGCAUCAGCUCUGUACUGGCACAUGCAUGCACGCCUUGGAGCAGGCUGUGGGGGAGGGGCCUGAGGCAGCACAACCCUGGUCUCUCCCCAGCUCCCGGCAUAGAGCUGGUGACUGGGCUCUGGGCAGCUGCAGCAAACAGCUGUCCCAGGCUCCACAGCUCUGGCAUCAGCUCCAUGCUGGUGGUGACUGCGCGCACACCUUGGGGCAGACAGCAGGGCAGUGCAGCCCGCCCCAAGAUGCGUGCAUAGUCGCCGCCAGCAUGUAGCUGAUGCCGGAGCUGUGGAGCCUGGAGCAGCUGUUUGCAGCUUCCCGGCUGCAGCCGGCCCCGCCUCUGGGUAGCUACUGUCAGCCGGGAGCCUGGGCUGCUCCCAGCAGGCAGCUGGGACACUGCAAGCUCUGCUGGGAGCAGCCUGGGCUCUGUCGCUGGCAGCAACUACCCAGAGCCGGGACUAGCCAUGCUGACCAAAAUGGCCUUGCGUGCCAUGCUCAGCACACGUGCUGGGAGUUGCUGACCCCUGGUUUACAUGAACCUUUCUUAUACUCUACUCAUUUAUCUGUGUGUGUUGGACUACUGACAGUCCACAUGUCUGAGGCCUCUCUACCCCAACCUUCCUAAAAACAAACAAAAAAAGAGCUAGGUUUCUGUCUCUUGAUAUAGGCAGAUCACUCAUUGUAGAAUUGAGCCGCUAGUAAGAAAUUUACCCUCAAACCUACGUUAGCCAACGGAAGACAGGAGAAUUUUCCAAAGUAUUUUCUUUACCCACUGAUAUGGAUUGCGUUUCCUAACAGAAGCAAGAUGGUUUUGGGAAUAAUGGUGUCUUUUAACUAAUCUUUAUAAAUCAUUCUUGCACUUAGUUAGUUAAAGUUAGUCAAAGCUUAGUUGCAUGGUUGGCGAAUAAUCAUGCAAUUAAUGUUGUAAAGGUAAUACCAAAAUCUUUUAAAACUCUUAAUUAUAGUUGCUUAUGCAGCUUUUGUAAAGAAUAAAAACAAAAAUUACUGAUUUUUUUUUUUUCUUUCUAUUAGGCUGAAAAAAUGCAGAUGUUUGUGAACCUGUAGUUUGUUCAGGAAAUGAAACCUGUUUAAGUGACCUAUAAGCAAACUAUGCAAGUAGUGCCACCUUUUAAAAUUAUUUUGAAUGAUAUUCCUUAUUGGACCUUUUGAUUAUUUUUGGUCUUGAUAUUUUCCCAUACAUGAUAGUUAAAUCCUGCUUGCCUUGCUCGCCAUACUCUUAUUCAGUGGGACCUUUGUGAAUAAGAUGAGCAGGAUUUGGCUUAGCGCACGAAUUAUUUUUAUUAUUUUAUUAAGUUAUUAAUCAAUUAUAUAAAUACCAAAAGACUACAUUAUUUAAAAAAACAAGAUUACAUAUUAUAAAAUAAGGAAAUAUUUUAUAACUUAUGUAAAUUUCAGUGUUGGUAGACAACACCCUCUCUUCUGACUUGAACUUUCACUACUGAUAAUAGCUAGAGGUGUGCCAAUAUAUCAGUCGCAUAUCAGAUUGGCACCGAUAACAGGAAAAUUAACAUUAUUGGCAAUCUACUUUUUUUGUCUGAUGCUGUUACCAAUAAAUGCCGCAUGGAUGCACAUUAGGGCUGUGUGAAAUUUCACUGCCAGUUUUUUGUUUUGAUGCUGUUUUGACUCGUUUUGAGGUUGAAACAGCAAAAUCGAAAUGGAACAGGUAUGGUCGGAACAGCCUCAAAACAAAACGAGAAAAGUCGAAACAUUUUGCCAUUUCGAUGCUGUUUCAACAUUUCGCCCAUAGGUUAUAAAGGGGAAGGUUGAAACAGCCUAUAAUUUUGUCAUUUUUGGCCUGAUUUGGAUGAAACAAGGUUCUCUACCUUGGGAAGAGAAACCUGCAGCAUACUUAUAGGCUCGGCAAUGCUACGGUGGCUAGCACUAUGGAUGAAAGGGACUUGUGGUUCAUGAUUGACCACAAGAUGAACAUGAGCCUUCAGUGUGAUGCUGCAGCUAGUAAAACAAGCAAAAUGCUGGCCUGCAUCCAUAGAUGCUUCUCAAGCAAAUCCCAGGAUGUCAUUCUCCUGUUGUACUCAACCUUGGUGAAGCCACAGCUGGAGUACUGCGUCCAGUUUUGGGCUCCACAAUUCAAAAAGGAUGUGGAGAAGCUUGAGAGAGUCUAGAGAAGAGCCACGUGCAUGAUCAGAGGUCAGGAAAACAGACCUUACAAUGAGAGGCUGAGAGCUAUGGGACUUUUCAGCCUAGAAAAGCUCAGGCUCAGGGGCGAUCUGAUGGCCACCUAUAAGUUUAUCAGGGGUGUUCACCAGGAUCUGGGGGAAUGUUAGUUCACCAGAGCACUCCAAGGGAUGACAAGGUCGAACUGUUAUAAACUCCUCCAAGACUGUUUCAGGCCGGACAUAAGGAAGAAUUUCUUUACUGUCCGAGCCCCCAAGGUCUGGAAUAGUCUGCCAUCGGAGGUGGUUCAAGCACCUACUUUUAAUGCCUUCUAGAGAAAUUUGGAUGUUUAUCUUGCUGGGAUCCUAUGACCCCAGCUGACUUCCUCCCCCUGGGGCAGGGGGCUGGACUCUAUGAUCUUCCAAGGUCCCUUCCAGCCCUAAUGUCUAUGAAAUUUAUGAAACCUGCAGGAAUGGUAGCCCUUUCAGAGGGCAUGAAGCCUGCCAAGUUUCAAGGAGAUAGGUGCAGGGAAUUCGGGGAAACUGCACCCCAAAGUCUUGAAAGCAAAACUCAUGUCACGUGUACAUGUCAAGCCACAGUGGAGUCAAAACUGCAGGCCUGCUAGCCCCUGCUGAGGCCACGAAGCCUGCCAGCUUUCAAGUUCUGGAGCCCGGCACCUCUAGCUGUUGACAGGCAAAACGUGUCAUGGGUGCUUGUGCAACUGUGUCUGUCUUGGGGCACAGGGUGGGGGGAGGGAAACUACUGCAGGCCUGACUGCUAUGCCUUCCUGCGGCCACAAAGCCUGCCAGCUGUCAAGGAAAUAGGGGUGCAGGGCCCCAGAACCCCACUGCAACUAGCUGCUGACAGGCAAAACUUGUGACAUGGGUGCUUGUGCAACUGCUGCCUCUUA